CAUUAUUUAUAAAAUGUGUUGGUUUUAAGCUCUUUUAUUAAGUUAAAAUGUUAGUAAAUUCUUAUAACUAACUUUGACAUUCACGAAUCUUCGUUGACUUGACCGUGCAAUGUAAACCGGGCAUGAGAAGGACAAAAUAUCGGUGCUCGUUAAGCUGAAAUAUUUUGCGGAACGAAAUAUGUGGGUAAUCAGGUGCAUUCAUUUACUCUUUGACCCUGAUAUUACCGUCGACUCUCCAUCUUGACCCUAGCCGACGUGUCCUUUGUUCAGUUCUUCCACAGUUUUUGUCGUUUCUCCAAGUGCUGCAAUGGUGUAAAUUUAAAAUCCGAUCUGAUACGGCAUCAGCCAGCUGGGGGUCUCCUACUGACGUUCCUGUCAACAUAUCAUCAGCCAGCUGUGGGUCUCCUACUGACGUUCCUGUCAACAUGGCAUCAGCCAGCUGUGGGUCUCCUACUGACGUUCCUGUCAACAUGGCAUCAGCCAGCUGUGGGUCUCCAACUGAUGUUCCUAUCGACAAUAACCAACCACUAAAAGGAAACCGGACAACUGAAAUGGAGUGCUGUCAGGGCGAGUUCAAUAUCUAUUCCAGUAUGUCAAGACAAAGAAGUAAGAAAUUCUUUGUACAAGGGGAGGAUGGAGAUACAUCUUCUAGUUCUACUGACUUCUGCACAGACGAAAAAAACGAUGAUAAAUCCUACAUGUGUGGAAAGUGUGGAUUCACAACAGAUGACCAAUCUAAGCUCUCCAGACAUAUGAAAAAGCAUACAGCAAAGAAGGUGUACAAGUGUAACCAGUGUGACUAUUCGGCAGCUUGGAAACACAGCUUGGAUAUUCACAUGGCCAAACACACCGGUGAGAAGCCCUACGUGUGUGAGGAGUGUGGAUUCAGAACUGCAGUUAGGUCCUGCCUAUCUCGACACAAAAUAAUACAUACAGGAGAAAAGCCAUACAAGUGUGACCAGUGUGAUUAUAGCACAGCUUGGAAGCAAUACUUAGACUCACACAUGGCAAAGCACUUUGGUGAGAAACCCUACAUAUGUGGGGAGUGUGGGUACGCUACACCAUAUAGGAGUCACCUCUCGAGACACAUGAAAAUCCAUUCAGGAGAGAAACAGUACAAAUGUGACCAGUGCGACUAUUCAGCAAACCAGAAAGGACACCUAAAUAGACACAAGGCUAAACACACUGGUGAAAAACCCUACAUGUGUGAAAAGUGUGGGUUUAAGACCAGUAACCCUUCUGGUCUCUCCUGUCAUAUGAAAGUACACAUGGACGAAAAGCCACUUAAAAGUGAGCAGAAAACCAAGCGUUACAAAUGUGGCCAAUGUGACUUCUCCACUGUAUGGAAACAUAGCUUAGAGUCACACAUGUCUAAACACACUGGUGAGAAACCCUACAUGUGUGAAAAAUGUGGGGUGAGAACAGCUCAUAAGUCUCAGCUUUUGCACCACAUGAAACUACAUACAGGAGAGAAGCCCCACAAGUGUGAGCUGUGUGACUAUCGCACUAUCUGGAAAGGGAACAUGGACAAACACAUGGUUAAACAUACAGGACUUAAGCCCUAUGUAUGUGAGCUGUGUAGCUACAGGUCAGCCUAUAGAUCUGGUCUAACAACUCAUAUGAAAGUGCAUACAAGAGAAAAGCAACUCAUCGACAUAUACAAGUGUUAAGGCACCCCAUAUGCAAUUUACGAGUGGCAAACUAAAAGUAAAACAAAAUAUUCUGGACAAGGAAAUCGUACGAUGGCAUUUACUCCCAUUUCUUUGCACAUUCAUUUAAGUUGCAUCAUUUCAAACUUGAUCAUGAAAUG